UUUUUUUUUUUAAUGUGUAUUUGUUUAUUUUGAGAGAGAGAAAGUGUGUGUGCGCCUGUGAGUGGGAGAGGGGCAGAGAGACAGUGAGCGAGCGAGCGAGAGAGAAUAUCCCAGGCAGGCUCUACACUCAGUGCAAAGCCCCAAGCAGGGCUCAAUCUCACGACUUUGAGAUCAUGACCUGAGCCGAAAUCCAGAGUCAGACACUUAACCAACUGAGUCACCCAGGUGCCCCUUGGCAUCUUGCUUAACACAUUUUUCUCUUCCUUGAGGUUAGAAAGAUGUAGUCUUAUAUUUUCUUCUGAAAGCUUUAAAAUAGUGUUGCCUUUUGUAUUUACGUCUUUAAUCAAUAUGUGAUUGAUUUUUGUGUCAUGUGAAGUGGGGGUCCAGUUUCAUUUAUUUUCCAGACGGCUAAUCAGUUUUUCCUAGCAUCAUUUAUUGAACAUUCUGGUUUUCCUCCUACGGAUCUAUACGCAUCAUAUGCCAAGUUUCCAUAUAUGUGUGCGUAUGUUUUUGGACUAAUCUUUCUUUGGUCUCUUUGUGUAUUCUUGCUGCAAUCAUAUUUACUUUAAUUGUGUAAAGAGCCUUGAUACCUAAGAGAAGGAGUCACCUACUUACAAUUCUUUUAAAACUAGACUCCCCCUCAAAUUAAUUUUUUUCUAAAGUAAACUUUCAUUGGAAUAUAUUUUAAAUCUUAAAUAUCUACUGUAAUCAGCUGAAGUCACAAGGAAUACUGAAGCUACUUUAAUGUAGACUAUAUCAGGCUUUUUGUUUUUGCAGAUCCUGUCCUAACUCAUUAGAGUUCAUUCUAACUUGAAAAGUAAAUAGAGAAUUUUCAUUUUGGGAAUAUAGUUAAGAUUUGGAAAAACUUUCACACUGAAAAUAGCUAAGAAUGCUGCAGUGCAAUUUUUAAAAAAGGUACUUAUGAAUUAAUAUGCCAAAAUCAAAGAGAAAGCUGAAAAUCAGAGACUAAAGGAGCCCUUAAUUCUUAUUUGCUCUGAGUGCAUUUGCUAAACUGGGGAGACUUGAUUAGGUUUGAUUAAGAAUUCAGUGGAUUUGCAGGACAGGAGGCGUAGUUAGAAGUCAGCCUAGGGCUCGUUCAAGGUAAGCUAACAAGAGAGUCUCUGCCUCUAGUUCUGGAAAUCCCAAAGGUCUGUGGCUUCAAGGACUAAAACUCACUCUACCUCUUUUAGGGAACCACAAGGAAAGUUGCCUUGACGCCAAGUGAAACAGGAGAAGAAAACGUGUCCUUGGAAAGUUGUAACCAUGGACGGUGGUAGAGAGGUGGUUCACAUCACCUUGGUGGUCCCCAAAAAAUUCCAAGAUAUUGAUACUAAAAUUGGAAGUUUGUAUCAAUUGCUGACUGUUAGAAAUUGUAUGUAAUGGCAACAGAAUUUCUAAAGAGCUGCUGUAGAGGAUGUUUCUAUGGUGAAACAGAAAAGCACAAUUUUUCCACAGAAAGAGACUUUAAAGCAGCAGUCCCAGAAUGUCAGAAUACCACUGUCUGUGUACCUCCAUUGACUUCUGUCUCGGUAAAGCCUCAGGUUGGCUGUACUGAGGAUUAUUUACUUUCCAAAUUACCGUCUGAUGGCAAAGAGGUACCAUUUGUGGUGCCCAAGUUUAAGUUAUCUUAUAUUCAGCCCAGGGUACAAGGAACUCCUUCGCAUCUGGAAGAACUGGAAGGAUCUGCCAGAGCAUCUUUUGGAGAUCGAAAGGUAGAACUUUCCAGUUCAUCCCAGUACGGAGCCAGCUACGAUGUAUACAACCCAUGCUAUAGGUAUCAGCACAUUUCACCUGAUUUGAUCCGGCGCCUUCCUCCACGUUCAGAAGCAGCGAGACUGUAUGGAUCAGUUUGUGAUUUAAGGACCAGCAAACUUCCCAGUUCCCCUGGGCUAAGCAAGUCUAUGUUUGAUCUUACAAGUUCAUCCCAGCGGUUCAUCCAGAGACAUGAUUCCCUGUCCAGUGUGCCUAGCAGCUCUUCUUCCAGGAAGAACUCCCAGGGGAGUAACAGAAGCCUGGAUACAAUUACUCUGUCAGGAGAUGAAAGAGAUUUUGGGAGAUUGAAUGUGAAAGUGUUUUACAAUUCUUCAGUAGAGCAGAUCUGGAUCACAGUUUUACAGUGCAAAGAUUUAAGUUGGCCUUCUAGUUGUGGAGACACUCCUACUAUUUCUAUAAAAGGAAUACUAACAUUGCCCAAACCAGUGCAUUUCAAAUCUUCAGCAAAGGAAGGCUCUAAUAGUAUUGAAUUUAUGGAAACUUUUGUAUUUGCUAUUAAACUCCAAAGUCUACAAACCGUAAGGCUUGUAUUUAAGAUUCAAACCCAGACACCCAGGAAGAAAACCAUUGGAGAAUGCUCACUGUCACUCAGAGCUCUUAGCACACAGGAGAUGGAUUACUCUUUGGAUAUAACGCCACCUUCAAAAAUUUCUGUUUGCCAUGCAGAACUUGAAUUGGGGACUUGUUUUCAAGCAGUAAAUAGCAGAAUUCAGUUACAGAUUCUCGAGGCACAAUACCUUCCAAGCUGUUCAUCACCUCUCACUUUGAGUUUUUUUGUGAAGGUGGCAAUGUUUAGUUCAGGAGAGUUGAUUUAUAAGAAGAAGACACGCUUACUGAAGGCCUCCAGUGGCAGAGUAAAGUGGGGAGAAACUAUGAUUUUUCCACUCAGACAGAAUGAAAAAGAAAUUAUUUUUCUCAUUAAGCUUUACAGUCGGAGCUCUGUAAGAAGACGACACUUUGUGGGGCAGAUUUGGAUAAGCGAAGACAGUAAUAACACUGAAGCAGUGGAUCAGUGGAAAGAAACCAUUACAAAUCCAGAAAAGGUUGUUAUCAAGUGGCACAGAUUAAAUCCAUCUUGAAGACAUCACAUAUUAAUUUGAUGAAGAAUUUGACAUUCUUUUAGAAGACUUAGGAUUUCAAUUUGCUACCAAUGAAAAGAGACAAAUCAAUACAUUUGUCAAUUUAUUUAUGGAGGUCAUCAUUGUAAUGUGUAAUGGAUCUUAUAGAAAAUUAAAUUUGAUUAAAGAAAAUGGGAUGACUUAUAUCUGAUAUCCAAAAUAAAAGGGAUGUUUUAAAACUAUGCCAAAAUAGUGAAAUAAAGAGUAGUAUUUCUGGGGCAACUAAAUAAAUUAUAAAAUUAAUGAGAAUUUCAACCAUAGGUGGUGAUUGCUAUCUUACAUUUAUGGGUUUUUUUGAAAGCUUUCCCUAGAUAUUUAAAAUCUAGUAUAUCAAGUCUCUGUUAGUACUGUUAGACAUGUAGAAGACUUUACUACUGACUGUUUCAGUGCCAGUCAUUCUUGAUUAGAUCUUGACUCCACUGUUUACCUCUUGCUACCUCUCUUCUCUCAGAAAACAAAUAUGAAUCAUCGAACCACUUCAGCUCUUAGGUAUUCGGGGAAGAGUUGUGCCCUAGGUUUCUUACUUCUUACCCAUAAGGCGUCACAUUGCCACUGUAUAAAUUAUUUAUCUCCGAGAAACUUCAAAUAUAGAACGCUAUGUUUUGGCAAGAAUAAACGAAAACACCAGAAGGUUGAAGUUUAAUUGGAAACCUUGUGUGUACACAUUUUGCUGUGUUUUCCUCCCUCAAAUAUUUUACCCUUUGUUUUAAUUGGAGUUGGAAUAAGAUUAUCCUCCAUGUAGCUCCUCCUAAUUAGCAGAACUAAAUGAGCUUAAUUAGCAAGUUCAAUAUUUUAUGAUAAUUAUUUCCCUUUUUUUAGUGUUUAUAUAUAUCUCUAUAGAUAUGUAGAUAUAGAGAUAUAUAUAUGAACUACUUGUUCUAUAAUCCACAAUGCUAUUUUCCCAUGUUUUUUAAGAAACUGUACGUGAUAGCUUUAUAUAGCACAUAUUUUCUGUUGCAGUUUCUCUCAGGAACUCACUAGAAGUCAGUAUGUGGGCCUGAUUUCAGGUUAGUCAGCUAUGCAAACUAUGCCCCAAAAGAAUAGCUGCUUGGAGAAACAGAUAACGCCUUCCUUGAUCUUGGCAAGUCUGACUUUAGUUUUGCUAAUGAGUAGACCAACUGCUCUGUGGUCAUGGUCUUCCAUUUUUCUUUCUCUCUUACCUUGCCCACACAUGCCAGGAGGUAGGUGGUGAUAUUUUAGACCAGAAGAUACUUUGGUAUAGCUGUAGAAUACCCUCUUCAUUCUAGUUCUUAUGUUCUGUAUGUCUCAUUAAGAUUUUCUCAAGUAAACCCUUAAUUCCUUUUUUCCUAGGUAUCAUCUCCACAAGCUACAAAAUAUGCCUAAUUUACACGUUCUUUGCUUCUGUUCCGUAGAGUUUAUGUUAUACUGGUGGUGUUGACAGUGUGCAUUUGGAAAUAAUUUUCUGAGAUUUGUGAACAAUGAAAUAUUGGUCAGUACUCACGUGAACUUUCAAGGGAAAUCACCUUGACUGUAGUGUUUUACAUCUUUGAGACAAAUGACCUUAUUUUUUUAGAGCAGUUUUAGGUUCACAGCAAAAUUGACAGGAAGGUACAGAGAGUUCCCAGGUACCCCUGACCCCCACAUACACACACCUUGCUCAUCAUCAACAUAGCCCACCAGAAUGAUACAUUUGCUAAGAUCAGUGAACCUACAUUGGCAUAGUGUUAUCACCCAAAUUUAGGGUUCGCUCCUGGUAUUGUCCAUUCUGUGAGUUUUGACAAGUGCAGGAGGUCGUAUAGUCACCACUGUAGUCUCAUACAGAGUAGCCUCACUGCCUUAAAAAUCCUCUGCAAAUACACCUGUUUUAAUAGCCACCAAAUAGGUAUUUUGGCUUUUGGACAAUAAAUAACAGACUUUAUUGUUGUUUUUUUUUUAAAUCUAGAAUUUAAUUUGAGCAGUUUUUUGUGUUCUAUUAAUGCUUCCAAUUCCUAAAUUUAUUAUAUGUAGUCAUGUAUUUAACUCAAUUUAAAUUAUUUAAUGUUUAAUGUUUUUGCAAUAUGUAUACAAUGUAUAAUUUCAGAGAAAGUGUGAUUUUUUGGUUUCUUGCAUGUCUUAGAAUCACAGGUAAAUAAAAAAAUUAAAAAAAAAAUCUUUUCACUUAAAAGACCUUUCAGUUAGAGUAGUAUUGACACAACUAAAUUCCCAAAUAUUUUAAUUAGUUUUACUUAAGCCUUUUUCUGGUGCAAGAGGUACCGAAUACAGAUGAUAUUCUGGUUGUCUUUGAAGCUUUACAUGAAAUAUGAAAAGAAACACACUUUUUUGUUAAUAGCUACUCAAAUUAUGAGAAAAAACAUUAGCUGGUAAUAAAAACAUGAGAUAGUAAGCAAAAAUCACUUGUCUUUGUUUUUACUCGGGUAUUUCUUGACCUUUACCCACUUAUCACAAGGACAAGGGAAUCAAAAUGGUGCUAGAUGACCAGAGAAAGCCAUGGAAGGGUUCACACUGAUAGCUGAUAGUUUAUACAAUGCUAAUCCCUAACACUGUGCUUACUUAUGUAUAAGCUUUCAGAUUGAUACAAUUAGGUAGCUACAGCCCAUGUCAAAAUACAACAUCACUCUUCAGCUUUCAUUUGGUUUUGCAUGACUUUUUCUUUUAGCAGACCUCCUAGGGAAAUUAUCAUUGAAGUGUAUCAGUUCCAGCAUUUACCAGACCUUUAAGAAGAAACCAAUGGCAUUUUGAACAUAUGUAAUUAUGAGCUGAAAAUAAGCUAAAGUGAACUUCUGCUUAAAUAUAGUUAUGUGAAUUUCUGUGAUACUAUUGUACUGAAACCAUAUUUCCCAAAAUUUCCCCCCAAAUUGUUACUGUUUGUUUAAUAAAAUAAUUGUUUAUUUUUGAAGGAUUUUAGAAAUUUUCGGUAAAUUUCACUAUUUUAUAUCAUGACAGCACUAUUUCAAAGGAUACGUUAUUUCCUUUUGGUAUUUGAUGGGGUAUAUUGAGGGAAGUACCAGAUAAAAUAUCUCUAUGUAUACUGUAUUAGGGUUUUUUUCAGAGAAACAGAACCAACAAGGUGUAUAUAUACAUUUUUAAACAUAGAUAUUUUUUUAAUUAUGAGAAGUUGGCUCAUGUAUUAUGGAAGCUAAGAAAUCCCACGAUCUGUCAUACAGGCUGGAGACCCAAAAAGGCCAACAGCAUAAUUCAGUCUGAACCUGAAGGCUUGAGAACCAGUGGAAUCAAUGGUAUGAAUCCCAGUAUGAGGGCAGGAGAAUAUGAGAUGCUCAGCAGUGAGGCAGGAAAAAAGGGAUCAAUUCCUUCUUCAUCUCCCUUUAUUUUAUUCAGGUUCUCAGCAGACCAAAAGAUGCCCACCCACAUCGGGGAGGGAAAUUUUCCCAGCCCAGUGAUGCAAAUGCUAAUCCUGUCCAGAAGCAUCCUCUCAGACACACCUAGAUAUAACAUGUAAUCUGGGCACCCCUGGCCAGUCAGGUUGACACAUAAAAUUAACAGACAUCUACUUGUGUUCUCUUGGUGGGUCAGCUGAAAUGACUGUUCAACAAUUUCAAAUGCUUGAAGUUUUGGCUGAAACAUUGAGUUGAGGAAAGAAUUAUGAAAAGUGAGUGUAUAUGAAGUACCAUGUCCAUUUUGAAAUAGAGGUUUAAUAUUUUAAAAGAUAUUAAAAGAGUUAGUGUUACCCUCCAGAACUGGGUAUUUUUUGGGUAAAUUGGCUGAAGAUGAAUGCUGCCUGCAUUUUUAGUCCUUUCCUGGUGGGAUUUCUUUAACUUGGCAAUUACUGAUUUUUAAAUUUUUUUCAUGUAUGGAAGAUCUGAUGUCUAAAAUGACUAUUUUAUUAGUUAAAACUGGUAAGUAAAUUAAAUUAUAUAAUGAUAACUAUAUUAACUAUCUAUAUUAAGCCAUAGGACUCUGAUAACAGCAGCAGAUGUCCAGAAAGUUCCGUAUGUCUUCUCGGAUGACUAAAAGGUAUCUGAUUCCAUACUGAGCUAAAUCACUGAGUAAGAUAGAUGAUGAUGUUUAUUUAGUAUUGAUUUUCAUAUUGUCGUGCCAUGGAAUUUGUUUUCUGAGUCACCAUUCUUUAGUUUCUGAGGCAGGAGGAUGAUAAAAAAAUAUCUGCCCUUCAUGAUAGGACUAGAUUUAUUUAAAAAAAUUUUUUCUUAACGUUUAUUUAUUUUUGAGACAGAGAGAGACAGAGCAUGAACGGGGGAGGGGCAGAGAGAGAGGGAGACACAGAAUCGGAAGCAGGCUCCAGGCUCUGAGCCAUUAGCCCAGAGCCCGACGCGGGGCUCGAACUCACAGACCGCGAGAUCGUGACCUGAGCUGAAGUCGGACCCUUAACCGACUGAGCCACCCAGGCGUCCCAGGACUAGAUUUAUUUUAACAGAUUUUGUUGACUGUGGCUCUUGCUGUCUUUUAGUUUAAUUUCUCAGUCUUUAGUAUUUCUUGAUCAUACAGUAUAUGGAGACUUGAUCUUGAAACAACUAAAUUUUUAAAUGAGCCAUUUUGUGUACUUCAUAAUCGUAAAAAUGUCUAUAUGUUACCUUUUGCAAAGAACUGUUGUAGGUGCUUUUAGGGGUAGAGGUGGCCAAGCCAUCACUCUUUACUCUGGGGUUUUAUAUUUUAGUAGGGGAAUAAAACAGCAUAAAGCAGAAUUGUAGUAAAAAGCAGGAUUAGAGGUAUGGUCAAAAUGCUUUAGAGGCUCAAAUAAAGAAAAUCAAGUCAGCUGAAGGAAUUAG